AUGAAGGACAGUGUGAAGGCUCGCGGCGGCAGUAGCACCAGUCUGGUGUUGAACCCCGGCCGAUUUGACUUUGAGGUGUCAGACUGCUUCUUGAUGGGCUGUCCACUGGGCCUUGUGCUGGCCAUGAGACGCACUGUGCUGCCUGCCGUCCAGGUGAGCCAGCUCCAUCCAGCCUGCUCUCAGAUUUUCAACCUGUUUUACCCUUCGGACCCUUCAGCCUCCAGACUAGAGCCGCUGCUGCAGCCUCUCUUUCACAAGUUGCCACCAUUUGCUGUUCCCCGCUAUCAGCGCUACCCUCUAGGAGAUGGACGCUCAAUGCUCAUAGCGGAGAGCAUCCAAGGCCAUACAAACGUGUUUCUGGAAGGUGAUCAAACUCCUGGAGGUCCAGCUUCACAGCCAUCCUCUGAGACCAAGACUGAGGGAGGAGGAGUAGAAGAGGGAGGUCGUAGAGCCAGCUUGACUAGUGUGGAAAGUGAAUCGUCGAUUUGCUCCAUGGGCCAGCUGGGAAACACCAUCGCUAACAUUUCCAGUAGCUGGUGGGGCUCCAAGAGGCUGGAUUAUGCUUUGUACUGCCCUGAUGUUCUGACUGCCUUCCCAACAGUGGCUCUGCCUCACCUUUUUCACGCCUCGUACUGGGAGUCCACUGACGUAGCAGCUUUUGUUCUUCGGCAGCUCAUGCGAUGUGACUGUGUGAAGACCCAGGAAGCGGACAAUUUGGACUCAGCUCCGUUCUCUCCCUCCAGCCCACGAGAAAAAUGGCUCAGAAGGAGGACACAUGUCAAACUAAGGAACGUCACUGCCAACCACAGGGUAAAUGAUGUCAUUGCCACCGAGGAUGGACCUCAAACUCUGGUUGGACGCUUCAUGUACGGCCCCUUGGACAUGGUCACUCUGACUGGAGAAAAGGUCGAUGUCCUGUUAAUGACACAACCUCAGUCUGGCCGCUGGGUGCACUUUGACACCGAGGUGACCAACAGUAGCGGCAGAGUCACAUAUACCAUACCCAAGAGCAGGAAGCUCAGCCUGGGAGUCUAUCCAAUUAAAAUGGUGGUCAAGGGGGAUCAAACAAGUGCAGAGGCCUACCUGACUGUGUUGCCACGGGGCAUGGAGUGUGUGGUCUUCAGCAUUGAUGGCUCUUUUGCUGCAAGUGUGUCAAUCAUGGGUAGUGACCCCAAGGUCCGUCCUGGAGCUGUUGAUGUCGUCAGGCAUUGGCAGGACCUGGGAUAUCUGAUUAUCUACAUCACAGGCCGCCCGGAUAUGCAGAAGCAGCGUGUGGUAUCCUGGCUCUCGCAGCACAAUUUUCCCCAUGGGAUGAUCUUCUUUUCUGAAGGCCUGGUUCAUGAUCCCCUGCGACAAAAGACCAUCUUCCUCAGGAACCUCAUACAUGAGUGUCACAUUAAGAUCAACUCUGCUUAUGGCUCCAUGAAGGACAUCUCUGUUUACAACAUGCUUGGCCUCAGCCCCUCACAGAUUUAUAUUGUUGGCAGACCUUCAAAGAAGUACCAAAAUCAGUGCCAGUUCCUGAGCGAGGGCUAUGCAGCGCACCUCUCAACCCUUCAAUUUGGACACAGAGCCAGACCCAAGAAAUCCCCUUCGGUUCGUAUGGUCCUAAGGAAAGGCUCAUUUGGUCUGUCAGCGAAGCCCGAUUUCCUGUGUAAGCGCACCCACCUGCGCAGGACCAUGUCAGUACAACAGCCCGACCCACCCUGUACACCCAACCCCAAGCCUGAGAGAGCCCAGAGCCAGCCAGAGUCAGAUAAGGACCACGGGGGAGGAGGAGGAGGAGGAGGAGGAGGCGGACAAGGCGCAUGGGGACGGGCCUCCAUGCAUCGUGGAGACACUACUCCCUGACGUCAAAAGAGAGAUGAAAGGAUUGCAGGUGGAUAGAAGAGGAGAACAAAGGGGUCUAAGUGUCCAGGGCCAAGUGUCACCUCUACCUACUGUACAUGUACAUUGGAUCCUCUGCUGGUAUCCCUCACAGCUCAGCUUUACCUCCUGCUUGGCCCUCUUCACUUUGCCACCUGUUUGGCCCUUUUUUUCCCCGUGACCUGCUCGUCAGAUAAUGUCACUCAGUCUUCGUGCCUGAAAUUUUAAGCAGUUGCUGGAAAUGGCAAUGAUUUUUGCGAAUGUCUGUGUCUAUCUCAAAAUGUGUCUAAUUGUAAAAUCAAAAGAAUGUACUUCAGAUAGUAGAUAUACACACAUAUUCAUAUACACACGCACGCUUCAGAGGAUGGAAAACAUGACGACAGUACUGAAUUUGAACCUGUUGAGACUGAGAGCAACAGAUUAUCAGACGCUGCAUUACACACUGGCCUCAUUUAGACUGCUGUGCUAACACGUGGUCAUGUUGACUGACCACUGAUGUAAAUACCCAACACACAUGAUCCCUGUGGGGGCCUCUGGACGCAGAAGCACUGUGACAUUUAGGUUCAGUCUGUAUACAAGCUCUGCGAUCUGGAGCCCCAAUCAGCCAACCUCGCACAACGCCGGCCUCUGCCUCCAUUUCGUUCCCAGUGUUAGACGUCUCCCUCAAGUUGUGGCUGGCGCACUACUCCAGCCCCCCCCUCCCAUUUCUUUCUUCCACUCAACCAGUCAGGCAGAACAUGCCUUUCGACAGCCACCUCAGACCAGGGUCCACUGAAGCUGAAGUGCUGUGGUGUGCACGACUUGGCCCCUGAGGUCGCAUUUGCACUAUCGAAGCACACCGCAGUGGUUCUCAAUUUAGCUGCGGAACUUGCUUCAGAAACAAAGAGUUGUAUUUGUAUUUUAUUGUAUUUGUAGUUUUUGUUUUUCCUGAUGAUUGGGAACUGUGGCUGUGUGUUGGUUACUACACACACGUGCACACAUAGUUGUAGGAAAGCGUUGGACUGACCAAAAAAAUGUUUACAGAUUGAUAAACACAGUAAAAGGCGAUAUACAUAAUUAAAAUGACAGUGUAGUCACUGUUGGCAACAUUAGUUUAGUUGCAUGGUAGCUGCAGUAGCUUGCAGGCCAGGCUUGCAUGAUUGAGAAUCUUCACAGACAGUAGCUUGCAGGAGAUUGUACAAUAGACCCCAUACUAGUUGAAAUUCCACCAGGAUGCCCUUGCAUCUAUUUACUGCAGCUACACUGGAACCAACAGAUUUGUGAUGAAAUUUGAUGCUGUCUUGUGCACUCAAGGUUGAAUUGAGUCUUAUUGUGGCCAUGUUGUGCAAGUCAAACAUAUUUUUCUAUAAGGAAAUGUUGUAAAAAUAAAUAUUUUCAAUGUAUGUUUUUGAACCUUUUGUUGUUUGACUUGUUGAAUGGUUGAUUUUUGCCUUAAAUUGUUUUUGAUGUUGUGUAAAAAUACGGAAUAAUUAUAUUUGUUUGACCAAAGUAUUGAGUUUAACUGUUACUUCAUGACAAAGUGCAUUUUAUCUAUCGUUGACAUUUUGCUUUGACAUGUUUUAGAUACUGUAUGUGUGUACAUGUGUGAGUGAGUGUCUAGGUAUUUGUAGGUUGUAUUUACUGUGAACAUGAAGACAGCUAUGAGAAGUAAAUGCCUCUGCGGAAGAUUCUGAGGCCAGUGUUAACAUACCUGCAUGUUAUCACUGCAGCUCACUUCUGCCGGCUUUUCAGAACUGAGCAUGUAUUUUUAUAGGUUUGGAAUGAAGCAGUGUAUUAGAGGAUUACUUAGUUGUGUUUUUUAUACCUGCUAUGAAAGAAAAAGGGCUUAUGGGUUCUUAGGGUGUCUUGGUUUAACUGAAAACCUGCAUUGCAGAGUAGAAUGUGCAAGCCAACAGGGAGCUGUCUUCAACUCUUUUUCUUUCACCACCUGUAAACCAUAGGUGGUCCAGUAAUUAGCUAUUUGAUUACUACUAAGUAUGUAUGACUCCUGUAGUGCCGCCCCUGUAAUUACAGUGCACCAAUUAGCAUUACUUGUUAAUUAUAUAAUAUUGUAGAAACAAUACUAAAAUACUUACCUCGAUUUUGUUUUUCAUUUAGAUUGUUAAUUCUGAAACAUUGUUAUCCAAGUAAUGAAAUGAGCAUUGCAAUCAAUGUAUACACAAUAAUCAAAGUGACUCCAGUAGUCCGUAUAACACAUAGUGAUAUUUUCUGCCAUGAUCAUACAUUGGAUGAGUAAAAUAUUUACGAUUGGCAGCAUUUUAGUAAAACAUUGUUAGUAAAUGGCAAAUAAUGAUCUAUUGGUUAAAUGAUUACUCUGCACAUGUUAAAUAAUGGCUAUCAACUGUCAUGUUUGUGGUCCUCUUAACUAAUAAUACAAUAGUAUCUGUAAAUUAGUUGUGAAUAAUAAUCAAAACCCCCAUAUGUUGAGUAAAAUCAAAAUCAGUACUUGAAUUGAGUUUUCAGUGGUAAAAUAGUGUCUAACUAUAACUGAGGCAGGGCAUUGUUAAUAAAGUGAAGUUACCUCUUACUCUUACCUCAGACGCACUUAUAGUGGGAUAAAUGGAAAUUGACAAAUAGAUCAAUUCCUGUUUCAUUUUAUUCUUAGAUACUAACGUGAAAUAAUGCCCACAGAAACAGAGCAAAGAAAAGAACAACCCCAUAUAUUACAUAAUGUAAAAUUGUGUCAAUGUAAAAAGUGUUACACAAUUAUUGUCUUCAAAUAAAUAUGAUUAACCUCCCAUUAAUACUAAUUAAUGUUUUGAAAUGAUUAGUAUUCACCAAAUCUUGACUUAACUAUUGGGUAUUAACCUAAUUUGCCAUUUAUAAACAACUCUUGAGGAAACUGCUAUAAAGUUUGUUUUGUACAGAUCUCCUAUGAUGAUGAACAUGUUAUUGUGUUGAUUGGACUCAGUCCACCUUUCAUUAUUGCAUAAAUAAAGAUAUUUCACAGUUGAA